GAGCCACUCGCCACGCGACGAAACUGGUCCACUUGAUCGAAGUGAGCCGUUGCAACAUAACCAACACAGAUUGCACAUUCGACGGUUUCACCCAUUAUCUUUCGAUCUACUGAAGCGUUAAAGAGUUCGUCACUUGACGGUGCGUUCAAUUUUAGUGCGUUGUUACUUGUCGUUUUGUCCCAGUGUGUCCAGAGUUAAGUGAUCAAUUAUAACCCACGGUGGUCUAAGCCGUUGCAAAAAGCGUCAAAGCAUCCAACGUGCAGAAUGGCUCAACAAGCAGCAAAAAUAAGUCUUAGCCGAUGUGGAGCUGUGGUGGCGGUUCUUGUCGCUCUGCUCUCGAUUGCAUCCAUCAGCGCACAUCCGGCCAUUGAAACGGACGACCUGGCUGACGGUAAAAUUGUGAAUCAGAAUGCCGCAAACAUCAACCAAUCUCGCUCGAGCAUACUGGACAACAUUUUCAACAUUCCGAUUCAAACUCUGAAGGCUGUGAACGAUCUGGUGCAGAGCAUCGCCGGAAACUUGCAGCAGGCCGGCUCCGGCACUUACUUCCGCUCUCGUUCGAGCAACUUGCGCAACAUCAACGUCAACGUCGACGACGAGAAAGACGAUGAGGCGAAGAAAACAAAGGACCAUAAAAAUUAAUGGACGUUUUCGGUGCGAAUAGGUGUAAAUAUUAAGGAUCUGUGAUUGACGAUAGUGUUCUUGAAGAUUUUUUCUGUAGCUUGUUAGGUGCCUUUUCACUGUUUUAAAUGUUUUGUUUUCCAAGAAGGCUUUUGAGCGCCUUUUAAGAUGCUUUUGCGGCGCGUUGACUGUGCCAAGGAUAGGAGACGUUUCCUCAUCAACGGCACGUGCCCCAGAGGACUACAAUUUGCAAAAAGUAGCUAGGGGUAAUAACGAUGUUGCAUGUUUGAAGACCUUUAACAGAGAACGUUAGCAGUAGGCAGCACCAUGACGAGGUCACAACUCCCAGUGCUAGCACCGUCCAGUUUGGCAUACAUUCGUUAUUACAUACGGCAGAUGACUCUGCAAUUAUUAGCUAAAUUAAGAGCUUUAAUUGACAGUUUUGUGUAGAUUCUUAAUCAACCUGUAGCCGUACGGAGUAUAAAAUAAAGCGCUACAUAAAAAUGAAACAUUAGCUCAUGGAACAUUAGCUUCAAA